CCAUUCCGAUAAUUCCGUUUCGUUUGUCUCGUGGCUCGUGGUUGUGUCUUGUGUCGCCGACUCAACAAUAUGUAAUUUAGCCUAAUAAUGUUUUGCUGGACCUUUCAAUAGUUUUUGAAAUAAUUUUAUUCUCGUAAACUAUCUUCGAUUUUAGUUUCGUCAUGGCUACACAUCUCUACAUCUUAUUUGAACAUGCAGCGGGGUACGGGCUGUUCAAAGUUAAAGAAUUUGAAGAAAUUGGAGCGCUACUACCCCAAGUAGUAUCCUCUGCAUCCAAUAUUAGCAGAUUUUCACAAAUUGUGAACCUGGUGUCAUUUGCACCAUUUAAAAGUGCUGUCACGGCAUUGGAAAACAUUAACAAUAUAUCGGAAGGUAUAGUACCUGAGGCACUGCAAGAAUUUCUCGAUGCUCACCUUCCAGCCUCUGGGAAGAAGCAAAAAGUUUUGUUGGGUAUUUCAGAGCCUAAACUGGCUGCCGGUCUCGGAGAAGUCCUUAGUAUAUCGUGCCAGCAUACUGGUGCUGUCCCCGAGAUAAUUAGAGGUAUCCGGGCUCAUUUUCACAAGCUGGUACCAGGCUUUUCACUAAAGUCCUGUGGUACAGCUCAGCUGGGACUUGGCCACAGCUACUCGAGAUCCAAAGUCAAGUUCAACGUACACAGAGUUGACAAUAUGAUCAUACAGAGUAUCGCUCUACUAGACCAACUAGACAAAGAUGUCAAUACGUUUUCCAUGCGUAUAAGAGAGUGGUACUCCUACCACUUCCCAGAACUUGUAAAAAUAGUGCCUGAAAACUACAUGUAUGCGAAGACAGUUCAGUUCAUCAAGAACAGAAAGAACCUGUCAGAAGAUCACUUGGAGGGACUAGAGGAAAUUGUUAUGGACAGUGCCAAAGCCCAGACAAUUUUGGAUGCUUCUAGGUCUUCGAUGGGCAUGGACAUAGUUGACAUUGAUCUAUUGAACAUUGAGAUGUUCGCCAAGCAAGUGAUCAGUUUGGCAGACUAUCGCAAACAGCUGGCAGAAUAUCUGCACGCCAAGAUGCAGGGGGUGGCUCCUAACUUGGCAACCCUUGUUGGAGACCAGGUGGGAGCCAGGCUUAUCUCUCACGCCGGCAGUCUCACAAACCUUGCUAAAUAUCCCGCCUCUACAGUUCAAAUACUUGGUGCUGAGAAGGCUCUUUUUAGAGCCCUGAAAACUAGGAGUAACACGCCAAAGUAUGGGCUUCUUUUCAACUCAACAUUCAUCGGCCGAGCUGGCCAAAAAAACAAGGGUCGGAUAUCUCGAUAUCUGGCCAACAAAUGCUCGAUUGCGUCUCGCAUCGAUUGCUUUUCUGACUCUCAGACUUCCGUGUUUGGCGAGCGGCUAAGACAGCAGGUUGAAGACCGGCUCAAGUUUUAUGAAACUGGGGAAAAACCCAAACCGAAUGUGGAAGUGAUGACAGAGGCUGUUGAAGAAGCCACUAUACAAGCCGCAGAGGAGGAGCGCCUCAAGAAGAAAAACAAGAAAAAGAAGAAGAGGAAAAGCUCCGAAAAUGGUGAAGUGGACAAUCAAAAUGGGUUUGAGGAGAUGAUCACUGAAGAAACGAAUGAAAAUGGUGAUGCCCCAAAGAAAAAGAAGAAAAAGAAGAAGAAGAAGGCUAGUGCUGACGAAUAAGUUUUCUUGGGAACACUUUUGUACUGAGUACAAUACUGUAGUAAGUUAGUUACUAUUUUUUAUCUAUUGUUUAUCUGUAUCUAUUGUUUUUGACUUCUACCUUUUUUAUUUGAAAUAUUAAAAAACAAAACAUCAUCUUGUGUUAAGUUUAUGAUCAUUCUAUUUGCUGGAACACUUAAUGUUUUAUUUGUUACUAUAACUUUGACAUGCUGUUGAAAAAUCCUUUGUUACAGUGUUAUCAUAAAAAAAUGUAUUAAGUGCUAUUGUCUCUGUCUUACAUCAGAUAGUAUUUUAUCUGCCAAAACCAUUUUACUUGUUUGUAAAGUGCCUUUGAAUAAUUUUUGUGGCAAUUCACUAAGUAAAACUGAAAUUAAAUGUGCAUCAGAGUAACUAAACGAUUUAAUUCGGUCUUAAAUGUAUUUGAUCUUUUGAGUUUGGAACGGAGUGUCAAAGUUGUUUGAUAACUUUAAGGUAAACAAUUCCAACAAGUUGACUUAUUUUAUUCAUAUAAAUAUAUUGUAUCCGUCACCAUUUAGCAAAAUCAAAAAAUCAGGGGAUCGUACUAUCGUGUUAAUAAACGCUUUCCAUAUCGAUAAAAAGUGAGUCGGUCGGGGUGAGUCGGUGGCUCAGUUGGUAGCGUCACGGACUUCGCGGCAGCGAUGUCGUGGGUUUGUAUCCUGGUCACUGCCACUAAAGUUUAUCAGUACAGUUCACCUUCGUACUGUACCAGCUCACCCCUUGCUUUGCUGGAUACGUUCCACGCACAGAUCUGUAGUCUAUGUGGACGGGCAAAUGCAAGGUUAAAAGAGGUCACCAACCUCUU